UACAAUAAAACAAAUAUUACAGCGAUAAGAAAACUUGUAUAUUUUUUGCUAAGUGAUUGUGUUUAAACUUGUGGGAAGUCGUAAUAUUAUCCUUAUUAAACGAAGAUGUGGACUUCCUGAAACAGCCUGGUUCUUAAUUCGGUUUGGUGGAAGAUGAGCAACUAAACAUCGCUUAAAUAAAAUAUGACAUAGGAAUUAAACAUUCUCUAUUAUCUUUGAAUCUCAAAACUUCAAUGUAUUUCUGAAGUAAACAAAAUGAAACAARUUAUAGCCAAGCCCAGAUUGAAAUGGAUACUCCUCUUCCUACUAUCGCUUUUUGUAAUAAGCUGGUGUCUACUUUAUGGCUCAGACAUAAAUCAAACAGACAUACGCUACUGUUUCAUGAAUAGCUUCAGCGCUUCUCCAUCAGUUUCAUAUGCACAACAAAAAUAUGCACAAAAUAAGUUCGGUGCUGGUCCGCAUCUCCUGGACGAUAUAAUGCUUUCGGAACCGAAACCAAAUGCGAGCGGGCGUAGUAUUAUCUUUCACGAAACCAGUUGUCCAAAUGAAAAACUGCGUAGUCGAAUGCAAUACUUAGGCAGCGCACCAAUUAAUAUGAUGGAUCUUACCGCACGGGAAGCAUGUGCCAUUGAAUCGGCUGCAUUACACAAUCCUGGUUUCAGUGUUUUCGUACUUUUUGCCAGUCCCGCUUACCGUGAUUACAAUAAUACUUCGCCAGUGAUAGAAGCGAUACUCAGCUACCCAAAUGUACAUUUACGCAACCUAAAUAUAUGGACAUAUGCAGCUGGAACACCCAUGUACCAGUGGUUAAAAGACGGCAAACUUUUUCGAUCCAGUUAUGUGCUAUCACACCUUUCCGACUUUUUACGCUAUUUAACAUUGUGGCGAUGGGGUGGCACUUAUCUUGAUAUGGAUGUCGUAGUGCUGCGUAGCUUAGAAAAAUUGCCACCAAAUUAUACAGGAGCGGAAUCAACAACAUACCUUGCAGCAGGGGUAAUGAACUUCGCUCCCGAUGGAUUUGGUCAUGAAAUUGCUGAAAAGUGCUUACGAGAUUUCCUGUUAAAUUUCGAUGGCAGCGAUUGGGGUAACAACGGGCCAGGCGUCAUAACGCGUGUCAUGAAUGAUGUCUGUAAGACAGCCAACAUUGAAUUAAUGAUGAAUGCUAAACGGUGUAUGGGAUUUCACAUAAUGCCAAGGGAAGCAUUUUAUGCGGUACCUUGGAAAAAGUGGGAAUAUUUCUUUGAAGCGCAGUACCUGACUGAGACCCUGAAUUUGCUACGUGAUUCAUACAUUGCGCAUGUAUGGAACAAACACUCCAAGCAAAGGCAUGUGAAAGUGGGUGCAAACGUAGCUUAUGGUAUUCUCGCCGAAAAACAUUGCCCGAAAGUUUAUGCAGCAGCAGCAAAAAGCUUAGUACAAGCUAACCGCGAACACAGUAAAAUAAUGCUCAUACUUGUAUGGUGAAUAUAGAUAAAUAAUAUCCUACCUAUUCCUGCCACGAGAAAAAAUUCUACAUUAUUUUUUAUACACAUGUUGUUUUCAAAAGCGAUCAAAAUAUCGUUGCAGAAAUCCGAAUUGCAAUAGUUAAUAGUAAGACAAAUAUAAUAUUGGCAUACACGUUGAAAUAGCUUAUGCAUGUGAUGCAGCGUGCACUUACGACAUCACAUUAACUACACACAUAUGUAUGCCAAUUGGCGUGGAAACUCCUAAUCAAAGUUAUACAAUGAAAUCAAAUGUGUAUUAUAUAGAAUUGUUAUGUAUAAGAUGAACAGUGUUAUAUGAGAAAUAUAUGCACCCGUACACAAAUGA